CAGAGCACAGCAAGGCCCCAACACAUUGACGCCAGGUUUAGGAACUAGAAGGUUCUAUGGAAGUCAGAGCACAGUCAUGAAAGAUAAAUUUCCCAGGUAUGAUGUAAACAUACAUAUGUAAUGAUGGUGUGUUACAAGGUUCCUUUGCAUUAUAUGUUUUAAUGUUCUGCUAGUGUGCUACAAAGCCAUCAAGUUAGUUGAAGUAAGUGUUGGCAUACAUAACAUUUAGCCACUGGUUUCUUUGUUUUGUUUAAGGAAUGACCAAACCCCCCUAGUUAAAGCAGAUUCUUUAAAAAAAAAUUCAUAGUUUAAUGUCCACCUCCCAAGUUAAACCAAAUCAAAAUUUAGUACCUAUUCCCCACCCUCCCUAGUUAAACCAAAUCAAAAUUGAGUACCUAUUCCCCACCCUCCCUAGUUAAACCAAAUCAAAAUUUAGUACCUAUUCCCCACCCUCCCUAGUUAAACCAAAUCAAAACUUAGUACCUAUUCCCCACCCUCCCUAGUUAAACCAAAUCAAAAUUUAGUACCUAUUCCCCACCCUCCCUAGUUAAACCAAAUCAAAACUUAGUACCUAUUCCCCACCCUCCCUAGUUAAACCAAAUCAAAACUUAGUACCUAUUCCCCACCCUCCCUAGUUAAACCAAAUCAAAAUUUAGUACCCCAACCUCCCUAGUUAAACCAAAUCAAAAUUUAGUACCUAUUCCCCACUCUCCCUAGUUAAACCAAAUCAAAAUUUAGUACCUAUUCCCCACCCUCCCUAGUUAAACCAGGUAUGUAUACUGAUUGUUAUCAAUAUUGCUUUGAUGUUUAUGGCAAUGUGAUUUUUUUUUUUUGGCCCUCUUUCAUGAUACAUCCACCAGGAAACGCUCCAUGUUUACUUACUAAUGUUUUCUUUUCUUUCAUUAAAUGACCCAUUUUAUUACAAAAUCUAUUUGUUAUGAGUAGAAGUCAGGCAUCCAUGUUGUUAUUUUUAUUUUUUUUACCAAUCCUAUAUGAUGAUUAUGUUUUAAUGACUGAGUUCAUUUCACUACCAGCAUUAAUUUUUUUUUACCCCUCCCCCCACCCACCCACACCAAACCCUCUCAUCUCUCAACCCUUGUGUUUCAUAAUACCAUGCAUACUAAAAAUAUUACAAAGAAAUAGUAGCAGAAAGAAGUUUUUAAGUUCUGCUUUGUCUUAUUUGUAAAAUGUUUGAAAGUACAUGGCCCAUUAUUUCUACACAUCAAUGUGGAGGGGAACCAAAGGGAGAUAACUCAGGAACCCACUGAGAUCUUAGUUAUUGUGCAUGAGCUUCAUUUAUUGGAUUUUAAAUUUCAAAACUUCCUACAACACAUCAAUGUGGAGGUGAACAAAGUGGAGAUAACUCAGGAGCCCACUGAGAUCUCAGAAAUUGUGCAUGAGCUUCAUUUAUUGGAUUUUAAAUUUCAAAACUUCCUACAACAGCAGAGACUAAUUUUUUUAUUUUAUUUUUUCACUCUUCUACUGCAUCCUCACAAUUUUAGCUCAAUUUUUUUUUUUUCAACUGUGUUGCAUCAGCUGUUGAAGUAUUUUCUUAAAACAAUAUUGUCUUACAUUAGAGACGGCAACAGUAUUGCUCUUGCUGCGGACAGGAGUCCUCGGAUCAAGAGAGCAAAGUUGACCUCCGAUCUUGAUUCUAACCAAGAGAACUACUUGUCCGGUAAUUCCCCAUCGUUGGGUGGCCAUAACGUCAAGAUGGCAUCUUCUGGCUCGGCAGAGGAUUACUCAAAUGCCGAAGGGGAUUCAGCUGCACAGAUAACAGUUGGGUAAGUUGUGCUUUCCUGAUGGAAGGGAUCAUAAAAAUAACAUUAAAAAAUAAUAGCAUUUGUGUAAGUACAUUGGGUCUUAUUUCAAACCCUAACCAAACCUCAUUUAUUAUUUCCAACUGUGUCACAUAUCUUUGAUGAAAUAAAGAUGAAAGGGGGGGGGGAGGGUAUAUAUAACCACUGGUUAGGUAAAUAAUGGCUUUCAUUGUGAAAAUAAUCAUAACCUUAUUAAUCUUUGGAAUCAAGCAUCCAAGAUAAUUUAUUUGUGCAGUAGCUUUCUCCCAAAGCAAUUUUUGUGUUGCUUUUUUUUUUUUUUCAACAUGGUUGUCUGUCAUUUGACUUCAUUUGCCUUCAUCUUGAUGCCUGCUUCCAAUGCUGGAUGUACACCGUACAUUGUCAGACAAAGAAACUAAGAUGUCCAUUCUUUUGAGUUGGUUUUUUUAACUUUUUUAACUACUGUUUCUCACUCAACACCCAGUUUUGACAAUCUUGGCAAUACCUGCUUCAUGAAUUCCCCUCUUCAAUGCUUGUCAUCGCUUGAACCCCUGUCCAUAGACUUCCAGACAGCAGUGGCAGAGUUCGGUCCAGAGCUGAGACCCAAUUCCAUCACCAGGUAAGCAUGUUGUCUUUUAAAUGGAUAGAGCUCUUCUCAAGUUAUGAUUCUAGAUAAUUCAUGAAAGCCCAUCUUGUUUCCUUUUUCAGAUGUUUCAGAUGUUUUGCCUCCACAGUUCUUAUUUAGCUAUUGCUCUCAUGCAAAAUUUUGUGUUUCAAAACUAUUACAUUGUUAAAAUUGAGCAUUUUUUUUGUUGAUGUUGUUGAAAUGUGCCAGUGAUCUGCUGUGUACCAACUCAUUUAGAACUUAUAGUUUCAAGUAUGUCCAAGUGUUUGUUAACUUUUUAUAUGGAUAUUUUUGUUAUUUUUUAAACAACUGAUGUAGUAGAAUAGUCCAAAUUUAAUAGCUGAGGUAGUAGAAUAGUCCAAAUUUAAUAGCUGAGGUAGUAGAAUAGUCCAAAUUUAAUAGCUGAGGCAGUAGAAUAGUCCAAAUUUAAUAGCUGAGGCAGUAGAAUAGUCCAAAUUUAAUAGCAGAUGUACUAUAAUUCCCCCCCCCCCCCCCCCAAAUUAUAAGUCAGUGGUUCUCAACCUUCCUAAUGCCACGACCCUUUAAUACAGUUCCUUAUGUUGAGGCGACCCUCAAACACAAAAAUAUCUUCGUUUCUACUUCAUAACUGUAGAGUAUGGUGUUUUCCGAUGGUCUUAGACAACCCCUGCAAAAGGGUCUUUGGACCCCCAAAGGGGUUGCGACCCAUGGUUGAGAACCACUGUUUCAAGUGAAUGGGUUGAAUCUACAAUAUUUUUGUGUACACAUUUCUUUUCUAGAUUACUGUAUCUCCUAAUGAAAGAUGUCCGCAAGCUGGAUGUGUGCCCUGAGCGAGUCAGACAGAUCCUGGUCAGAUUAAGGCAUGACAUCAAUGGAAAAUUUGCCCUCAACACACAACAGGUUAUUUUGACUUUUACCAAUUGUCUAAUUGGCAGAAUUGUGCACUUAACUUUUCAAUUAAAUAAAUCAUUCGUUCAUGUGAGGAUUUCUUUUGUAUUCUGGAAAUGCGAUAAACUUGACACACAUCAUUUGUCUAUUGAGAACCAAGGCAUGAUUUCUGUUAUUGGAUAUCAAGGAUAAGGCUACUCACUUCAUCUACAUAAAUUUGUUUAACAAUAUUCGCUUGAAAAAAAUGUGUGAAAUUUCUAUGUAGGAUGCACACGAGCUCUUGGCAGAGUUGCUAGACCGCACGGAUGAGGAAGUGAAAGCAGUGAUGGGAGCACGUCAAGCACAUUCUGACAUGGCCAGUGGAUCUGCCGGUGGGGCUCCCUCCACCAUAUUGGCUGACUCUGGGGCUUCCAGUGGGACGCCCAUUCAAUCCAAUUUUAUGUGGUUUUAUAAGACAUCUUUUUAUUUCCAUGAGUAAGUGAAUUGUUAGGUGUUGAAUGUGUGAAUAAGUGAAUUGUUAGGUGUUGAAUGUGUGAGUAAGUUAAUUUUUAGGUAUUUAAUGUGAGAGUAAAUGAAUUGUUAGGUCUUGAAUGUGUGAGUAAGUUGUUAGGUGUUGAAUGUGAGAGUAAGUUAAUUGUUAGGUCUUGAAUGUGUGAGUAAGUUAAUUGUUAUGUGUUGAAUGUGAGAGUAAGUUAAUUGUUAGGUAUUGAAUGUGAGAGUAAGUUAAUUGUUAGGUGUUGAAUGUGAGAGUAAGUUAAUUGUUAGGUCUUGAAUGUGAGAGUAAGUUAAUUGUUAGGUAUUGAAUGUGAGAGUAAGUUAAUUGUUAGGUAAGCAGUUUGUACAUUAAUGCAUUAUAUACACCAAAUAUCCUACGUAUUAAUAUACACCAAUUAUCCAACAUAUCAAUAUACACCAAUUAUCCAACAUAUUAAUAUACACUAAAUAUUCACAAGUAGCCCCCAAGUGAUGAAAUAUUUGCUUUUAACUGACCUUUUUCAGGUGUAAAACUGAAAUAACGUCCAGCCAAGAAGAAAGGGACACAACUUUAAUGCUGGCCCUCAAUUCAGACAAGUAUUAAAUUUGUUUUGUUAAUUCUCUUCUUUGUUUUCUUGUUUUUAGAUGUUCUUUGGUCUUCUAGUGUUUGACUUAAAAAAUCUAAAUGUUUUAUACUUUGUCACCUGUGAUAAAAAUUUAUUUUAUUUUUCACCAUUAAAAGUUUUGUACUGUGUGUGUGUGUGUAUAUAUAUAUAUUUAAAAAUAAAAUUUAUUAUUAAACCUUGUCCUAAUAAUCAUUAUUGUGGAGCACUGUUUAUAUGAACAGUCAGAAAUUUUAAUUUAUUUCACCCAAGCCCGCACUCUUCCCAUCUCAGACACCCCUUUGCCACCCGAGGCACACCUCUCCCCCACAUCAGUCACCUCCACCCUCCUCAGACACCCCUUGCACACCCAGGUCUUCCCCUCCCCACCUCACACCCCACACCCACCUGAGACUAUCUCAUCCUGCCUUAGACACCCUCACCAACAUCAGCACCCCCACAACCCAAGCAACUCUUUUCUUAGUAAUCUGUAUAUAUAUAUAUAUAUAUUAAAAAAAAAGCUGUUUUAUCUUACUCUGGCCUACUCAAAGUGAUGCAGUGAUAAAGAUAAUCUGGAAAUUUUGUGCAUGGACAGGACAUCUCAACAUUUAUGUGUCUGGUAUCUUUGACAACCUGGUGGAGCUAUGCCAUCUUUUCACUUCACUGAGGUCAAAUAAUUUCUAUUUUACACAUGCGCUUUCCAGUGGACAUGUAGCAAUUUCACCCAUGUUUUUGGGGAGGGCUUUCAUGCCGUAAUCAAUCCUUUGUAAAAAAAAAAUAAUUUAAUUUGGUUGAUACAUCCCACCCGCUUCAUCACACACCUCAGAUCAGCUCAAUCAGGGCGAAUGCUUUAUCUAAAAAGUUAGGGCUGAAAAAUAUAAAAAAUUAUUUUGUUUUACCAGUCUACAAAUUUGCUUUCAUGCUCUCCCAAGGGUUACUGAAUCUAAAUGACCACUAGUAAAGUCAUUAUUGUCACUUAAGGAGUUCUUUUAUGGCUGAUUUCUAUGCACGAUAAAUACCUUUUGUCUUGUGUUUGAAUCGUUAUAAUUGUAAUAUGUUGUCUAGGUUAAAAAUAUGUAUUUAUUUAUGUGCUGAAAAUGAAUAUGUACAAUUUAAUUUUUAAAAAUGUUCCAUUUAUUUGGACCAAUGAAGAAUUUUAUCUUAUAAAGUGCAGGGGAGACAGUCCAGACCCAUCACAGCAGCAAAGUUGCUGUGGAUGUUAUUUGCUUAUUAUUGAAGUUGGUUGACUUGUAACCUAUCUAUUUGUCCAGGGACUACAGCCUACAAGAUUGUAUUGACAGAUACUUUGAGUCUUCCGAGGUUGAGAUGAAAUGUGACAAGUGUGGCAAAGAUGAGAAAGCAACCAUGACUAGAAAAAUUGUCAAACGUCCCAGGUAUGAAAUUGACUUCAUCACGUAAUGAUAGGCAUUCUAUAGAACUUUUCCAUACAAAUGUUCAAUCAUUCCAUGCAAAUGUUCAAUCAUUCCAUGCAAAUGUUCUAUCUCAAAAGUUUCUGAUAAAUGUUCAUUUGUAUGAAAUUUUUAAUGUGUAAUAGACUAAGUCAAAAUAAAUUUGUAUAUCCUUCCCCCCCCCCCCAGAUUAAUUUCAAAGCAACUGUAUAGAGCUCACUUGCAUUGGAUGUAAAUGAAACAUAAUUUAUGGCAAUAUUACUAACACUGUUGGGGCCCCUUUUUUUUAAAGCAGGCUGUGAAAAUUUGCUUUCAUUAGAGGCCUUUUAUCCUGAGUCAUUCAAUGCCCCAAGUCAGUCAUCGCCCCAAGUCCAGUCAAUGCUCCUAAGUCGGUCAUUGCCCCCCAAGUCGGUCAUUGCUCCAAUGUCAGUCAUUGCUCCAAUGUCAGUCAUUGCUCCAAGGUCAGUCAUUGACCCCGAGUCAGUCAUCGCCCUUAGCCGGUCAUCGCCCCAAGGCGGUCUUUGCCCAAAGGGUUUCAUUGUCCCAAUUGGGUCAUUGGCCUGAAGCCAGAUUUCAAGCCCCAAACUAGUUAUUAUUUUAUUAAAACUGAAGGUGAUACAAUUAUUUAAAUGUCCUUAUAACAGGAUAUUCAUCUUAAACCUGCUGAGAUACCAGACAGAUAUCACUGAGUCCAAGAAGAAGAUGGACAAAGUGAACAUUCCACGCUACAUGAGCAUAGCCGAGUACUGUGCUGAUGAUGUGAAGGCACCACCCUACAUGGAGCCAGUCUUUAUGCUAGACAGGUAACACCGCUUUCAACUUUUUAACUCACAACAGAAUGCUGUUUUAAAUGCUUUCAGGGCCAAUGAGAGAACAUUUUCCCAACAGCUAGAUUUACACUACACACCGUGCUCUUUAUGCCAUCCUUUUUUUUUAUUCCUCAUCUUACAUUGUCAUGGCACAGGGAUGUGCAAAUAAAUGCGCUCCCCCCCUCCCCCCCCCCACAUAUAGGCUGCUAGUAUCCCCCACACCCACAAAUAAAUACUGCUAGUAUCCCCCACAAAUAAAUACUGCUAGUAUCCCCCACAAAUAAAUACUGCUAGUAUCCCCCACAAAUAAAUACUGCUAGUAUCCCCCACAAAUAAAUACUGCUAGUAUCCCCCACAAAUAAAUACUGCUAGUACCCCCCACAAUUAAAUGCUGCUAGUAUCCCCCAUAUUUCUACCUCAUAAGCCUUUAGUGCAAAAUAUUUAAGCCCUUCUUAACCUCACUGAUUAAAGCAUUUUUGUUGAAAUGUAGAGAAGAAGUCUUGCAGUUUUCCUAUGGCGAUUCCUCCUUCAUGCCUGCCCAACCUGAUAUUAGUGCCAUCACAAGGCGAAUGAAAAGGAGACAGGAAGGUGCACUGAGUAAACACCAGGUGUCGUUCUCACCUGUUCUCCUCAUGGAUAACAACAAUGAAGAUAACCUGAUGAGUCCCAACCCACCUGUGGAUGGUCUAGAAACGACUCCAUCUUCACCCCUGAACACGGCUGGCUUAUUCCCAUUUGAUGAAUCCUACCAAAACUUUGGCUCCAUUAACUGUGACCUUGACAGUGAUCUCUUAGCCGGCAAAUUUUCUGAUCCAGUCCCCAAAGUCAUCGUGACGGAUCUGCUUGAGCCUGAAAAAAAUCGCCUGGCGGCCUGGACGCCGUGGAGAGCCCAGAACCAGCUGCUGUGUCCAGGAGACGGCCAACCAAAACCACUGUGCAUAGUCAAGCCGAAGAACGGCUCCAACUCCGGUUUGCUCAUGACGUCCAACCCCGCCCUGAACCUGAACGAGGCUUUACUGAGCAACACAAUGAUGAUGCAGCCGUUGACUAUAUCAACCGAUGGGGAGUGCUUUGGACCGUCAACAUCAAGCACCCCUGACAUGCCUAUGUUGGUCAACCUGAAUCAUCUGCCUUAUGAUGUGGAAACAGAGAGCGAUCCAUUUUCACCCAAUAACCCCAUGUAUUCCAACAAAUUUGAUGACUCUCUGCCAACAAGGGAUUGUGAUAUGGAUUUUCCGUAAGACGUUACGUGGUCCUCACUGGUUCAUGUUACCAUUUCUCAUAACAUUUUGGCAAAUUUAAAUAACCCCUUUUUUUAAAAAAUCAAAUUUCGUUUCUUUUGAUUUUGAAACCAGGAAUGUUGCAUUAAAUUAACACUUUGGCAUUUUAAUUAUUUUUUUUCCCCACCCUAACGUCUUUUAAUGUUUACUAGUAAUGUCUAAUACUGUAUUAUCAUGAUAUGAAAUGAUGUUAAUUAUAUCAGUGCUUCUCGAAAAAAGAGAGAGAGGUAGUACUGGACUUCUGCUGCUGUCAGCAAACUUUCAGGACUGGGCCUUAAAAAAAAAAAAACCAUCAAUGAAGUGAACCAUAUGGGCUGCAAUGUGCCCAAACUCUUUUGUGUCACAAUUAAAAAAUUUGGGAAGCAUCUGACUAUUUGAUUGCUUAUAGAUAACAUGAUCAGCUGUUGAUUACUUAUAGAUAACAUCAUCAGUUGUCAUCUUUCUGUUGUGUUCAGUUGUUUGACUCACCAGAUAUUUGUUUACAUUAACGAUCUGAAAAGGUUAGCCCUUUUGUUUUUAAAAUAGGUCAAAACGCCUGGCUGUUAAUGUUAUAACUGGUGCUUUUAAAGGCCAACAUAAGGUUCUUUUAUCUCAUCAAAUUUAAAAUAAAAUAUCACAAUUUUCAUGAUGUAUCAUUUUAUUUCAUUAUACAAGUGCAGUCCAAAUGACGGUCAUUUUAUUUCAUUAUACAGGUGAAGGCCAAAUGAUGGUCAUAUAAUUACAUUAAUACAAGUAUAGUACAAGGGACAGUCCGAAGUUACCUUGACUUUCGUUACAUAAAUUUAGUGUACAUCGCACAGAUCAAAUUUGACAAAUUUUCCCCUCUUCAGUUAUUGCACAGAACUUUGCACAGUGCAGUUUCAUAAAUUAAACUAUGAUGCGCAGGAAGUAGUCAGUGGCAGUUGUUGUAACAGUUAGAUAAGAACUUAUUAAUCUUAGGAAAUUUAGUCUGUGUCUUCUCUUAGCUAGAAGUUACAACCAAUUUAGUCAGUAUCAUCUGUUAGCUAGAAGUUACAACCAAUUUAGUCUGUAUCAUCUGUUAGCUAGAAGUUACAACCAAUUUAGUCAGUAUCAUCUGUUAGCUAGAAGUUACAAACAUUUUAGUCAGUAUCAUCUGUUAGCUAGAAGUUACAACCAAUUUAGUCAGUAUCAUCUGUUAGCUAGAAGUUACAACCAAUUUAGUCAGUAUCAUCUGUUAGCUAGAAGUUACAACCAAUUUAGUCAGUAUCAUCUGUUUGCUAGAAGUUACAACCAAUUUAGUCAGUAUCAUCUGUUUGCUAGAAGUUACAACCAAUUUAGUCAGUAUCAUCUGUUAGCUAGAAGUUACAACCAAUUUAGUCAGUAUCAUCUGUUAGCUAGAAGUUACAACCAAUUUAGUCAGUAUCAUCUGUUAGCUAGAAGUUACAAGAAGUUACAACCAAUUUAGUCAGUAUCAUCUGUUAGCUAGAAGUUACAACCAAUUUAGUCAGUAUCAUCUGUUAGCUAGAAGUUACAACCAAUUUAGUCAGUAUCAUCUGUUAGCUAGAAGUUACAAACAUUUUAGUCAGUAUCAUCCGUCUAACUAGAAGCUACAACUAGUUUAGUCAGCAUCAUCUGUUAGACAGAAGUUACAACCAACACUGGAUGCUGUUGUAACCCCCUUGCUUUGGCUUCCCUUCAAACAGGAUGUGUGCUGACGACACCCAACACAUGGACCAGAACAUGUCUAACACAUUGCCACAGGAAGGCGGGCAUGGUCAGGAUUCAAGGCAUUUCAGCUUCUCUGAGAAAGAGAAACCUGACGAGGUGACCGAUGGGGCAGGUCAGCGUAAUGGCACGGCUGAUGAUUGUGGUGCAGACGUUGGUGUUGAUAAGAAGGCGGGUGACAGUGAACACCAGAGUAAAGGACAGAACACUCGGCUUUCAAAGGGCAGGAAGGUGGUUCUCUCUGUUCCAGGUCAGCUUUUCUUUUAAAAUCAUCUUUGAACAUUGAGAUAGUUUGCAACAGUGGUCCCCAAAUGCCCGGUCUUUGGACCUUCACCGGUCCGCAUGCCAAACGCUGCCGGUCCCCAUAACAUAAAUAUUUAUUGUAAAAUAGAAGUAAAAGUAUAAAAAUAAAUCAUGCACCGGUCCCUGGUAAAAUUUCGAAACUUGUUCACCAGUCCGCCAAACUUAAAAGUUUGGGAACCACUGUUUUGCAAGAUAAUGCAAAAAAAAAAAAAGAAAACCUGUCACCCCAUUUGGUGACAGGAUUUUUGCAUUAUCUUGGGAUUUUUUUUCUUUUCUCAAGACUCCUCUGGCUCUUCUUUAUCUUAUGGGAUUGAAUUUAGGUAGGUCAGGCUCCUUUGUGUUUAUAAUCACUACAGACCCCCCUGAAAUUCAUCUACUCAAAAUCAUGGUCUCGUUGUCUAUGGACUUACUUUUGGUAAUUGUAAUUUCAAUAAAGAAUGCCAGACUCCUUCAGCCACACCUAAAAACAAUUUAAUUAUGAAAAGUGCCCAUAACUGUAAACUAUAGCCACCUUUGAUUCUAUGCCGCAUGCAUCUGUAACAGACGAUGUGCAGGACACCAAGCUUCUGGUCAAGACCCUGAUCUCCAAGUUCUGGGAAGUGGAGAACUACAUUCAGGAGUAUGGGGAAGAGGCUGCCAUGCUCUAUGUGGAGACCAGUGUAAGGAAUGUUUACUUUAUCUUAUAACUAAUAUUAUUGAUACUUUACCUGCUAGCGCUAUGAAUUGAUUGCUUUGACUUUUCAGACACGAGAACCGUUAAGUCUUGUAAAGAAUUUAUUGAAAUCAAAGGUUAUUUUGUGAACUGUAAAUAAAAAAUACAUUUGGGGACUGACACUAAUUAGAAGGGUCGAGUACAAAAAAGUAGUUAAGUUAGAAUUUUUUUUUUUUUUAAUCAUAAGACCGGCAGUGUAUUUGAUUACUUCCCCUGAAACAUUCCUGUAAAUAUCAUUCAUUGUCAUGAAAAAUAUACUUAAGAGUCUGAUUUAGGAAUACCUCUAGAAGCUUUUAAGGUAUUUCAAUAUGAAUUAUAAACUUUAAACUCAUCUUUCUCUAAACUGCAAAAAUACACUUAAUGACUUUUUCUACUCGGGUCUUCGACUGUUUCUUUUAUCAAAAUUGACAAAUUUCACUAAUAAUCUGUUACUUGACUAUCAAAUUUAAAAGCAAAAAAUUUUUCUUGAUUUUAGUUUAUUGAUAUAAACCCUUUUUAUUUUACUGCUCAUUCUUCAGGCUGUAAUAACUGAAGUCAAUAGCAGGAUUGAAAGACAGAGGAAGGUUACAGAACCCACCAAUGAUGAAUCUGGCUCAGCCGCCAACCAGAGUGACCACUCGCCUACUCACCAGGUGGCCGUGUGUCACCUGCUCAUGAACCUAGCCCUUGGCUCCGAUGAGGAUGAAAUUGGUAAUGAUGGUUUGUUGAGUAGUCGAAAAAUGGCUGAACCAAUCAACUAUGGGUAGGAUGUAAAAAGUAUGUCAGCAACAUUAAGUAUGGUGGCAGGUCAAUAGGUUCAAGGUCUUUUUAUUGAAUAUCUCAUCUUUGAACAUUUCUUAAGAGCUUAGGUCUUCUUCUCUUCUUCUACAUUUUGAGGGCCCACGAUCAAUGGAUUGAUCAUUCUGGCUCCUAUGUUUCAGAGGGGUUCGCGAUGUUACUGUGCAUGAGUUUCAAGGGGAUACUUCACUGGCCUACUUUAAUAAUAAUAAUAAAUACACACAUAUGUUAUCAAUAAUCUGAAUUCCUGGUGUAGAUUCUGGCACAAGACUUAAUGAAGGCCAAAAUGCAAAGUGUUUUGUUAUUAUAAAACUGGACGUAAGACUUUUCCCCAAAUAAGUAAAAUAAUUGGGAAUUUAUAGGGGGAAAAAUUGAAUAACUUAGAUUCGUUUCGAGACCAGAACAUUUGCUGCAAAAUGAUUCAGAAUAAGUAAUAAAUACUGAAACUCUCAGGUUUAACUUACACAAUUUUUACUAAAUUUAUGCCUCUUAAACAGGGGUGGCGUAUUUAGCAACAGGGGUGCUCAAAAUCAUACAUGCAUUUUAAUUUGACCAGAACCUAUUUAUGUAAUGAUGAUAAGACAGAUGGCUCCAAAAGUAAAUACUUGAAUAAUAAAACUUAGCACAGUUUGUAAUGAGAACAUACAUGACUUCACCCAAAGUGAUUUCAAAAAAAUUUUCUUGCAUAACUUGCAAAUAACUUGAUUUGUUUUUCAUUUUUUAAUAUAUUUUUUUUUGCAUCAUUAUUAAAGCAAUUGAGCCGCUAUUUCAAGCUGGUCUUUCAAAAGCGCUUUCCCUGUGGUUUGUCACUGAUUGAUUGAUGUCAAAAAUACGGCAUGUGGUAAUCCAUCAAGAUUGCCAUCGUUUGAUUGCCCAGGCUUUGAGCAACAUUACAGAUAACAUUUUUCAAGAUAAAUAUUUUUUUUUUCUUUAUUGCCAGAGACUGCAUUGGAUGACGACCACUGUGAGAUGAUCUGCAAGGACAUCUUUCUCACUCGCUACUCUAGCUAUGACAAGGAGGACAAGAAAAGAGAUCACCUCAUUGAGAAUCUCUGUCUCUAUUUGGCUGCUAAAAAAUUGGGCAUAGCCAAGCCAGACACACCUAAAAAAACAAUGAGAAGUCCUGAAGCAGCCAGGGCUGGACACAGUACAGACAGGGUUGAAUGGAAAGAUCAGUCCCAAGCGGAAAGUCCAGUUGACUCUAUGGUUAAUUCACCAGAGAGUGACGAUGAGAUUUCAUUUAAAUCUCUUCCUUCUAAAGACACAGAGGGCUGUGCAGUGGUGGAUGAGAAAAGAAAAACGGAGCAUUCGCAGAGUGAGAACCUUGGGGAAAGCUCCUCUGGCAAUCGCAUAAUCACCGUCACAUCAGUCAUGCCAAAGGGUCGAGAAAAGCACAGGGAUGAAAGUAAAGUCGCUGGCAGUUUGGCAGUAUCCACGAGUCACCAUGUCCGGGCAGUGCCGGCCCAGCAAGAGCAUCAGUACUUUGGCUUACCUAAUGUGCCGAACUUCAACCUCAUUCAGGACAGAGAUUUUUCAUGUUACACCGAGGAGGAGCUGCAGUCUGUCGAUUUGGCCUCAUUGACGGAGGAUGAGAUGAUGCAGUACGCACAAGCUCUGAGCAAGCUUCAGUAUGUGAGGGAUCAAAAGGCUAAACCAGAUGACGACUGCCCGAUGGAGCUUUGUGACCUCAGCCAAGAUGAAGCAAUGAGUCCCAACAUUAGCGACCUUGCUAAUGAAUGUGACCAUUUGUCUGAAGUUUUACAAGACAGUUCCUCACUCGGUCCUUCUCCUUCGGGAAUGAAACUGACCACUGAGAGAAAUCAAUCUAGUUCUCACACUGCUGCCGUUCUACAGCAAAGUGUUUUCUCAGAUGCCUGCGUCCCAACCAUCAAGGAGAUGGCGUCUACACAGGGGAACGAGCAGCCUAACGAGGUUCAGUUGACUUGUGAGGAAAAUCUGAGUGAUUUAGAUGAGCCAGAUGGGCUGGUUCAAAUAGAUACACCACUUAUCAAAGACUACUAUAAGUCUAAAGAUGUGGUGAAAACAGACAUAAAGAAUUCUCUGAAAUGUCACUCGACACCAGCAAGAGAUGAUUACUAUUAUGAUUAUGGCAUGUUAAAUCAGGCUGACUUUGGGUCCCAGCCCAUGGAUAUGAACAUGUCCUUUCCUGAGUCUCAAAGUUUAUUUUGUGAUACACCAAGUGAGGCCAAGUCUGAGAGACAGUCUCCCAAAGUUCUGCUGGAUAAGUGCAAUACAUCUUCAGAAAAUGGUAAAUCCCAUAAAAAAAUCAGCAGGCUCGAUGCCGAUAAUGGUGAGACUGUGCAUAAAUCAACAUCAGACACUAAAUGUUCCCCAUCAACGAUGACGGACAAGCUUCCAAAGAGUCAGCCAGACAGCACCGACCACGUGGUGCCGAGCUCGGCUCACCCCAGCCCCAGGAAAGAUUCUUAUUUAUUCUCACCUUCCAAACCCAACAACCUCACCAAGACCAGGGAUUACUCUCGUCUGCGCAGCCCGUCUGCGUCUCCCAGAAAACGCAACAACAGAACUCAGUCCAGGUCUAGUUCGGCCACAAAAAAACUUCUUUUCCCAGCUGAUGAAAGAGGGGCCAAAACUUCAGCCAACACCGAGUUAGAAUCUUUCUUAGAUUUCCCCAAAAAUUCAUUCCUUGAAGUGAAUAUAGACGAUAAUUUUAUCUUGGACCGUAAUGAAGAUUGUGUCAUAACCUCUGCGUCUGUUGAGACCAGCAGGCCAGCUGCUUUUUCUCCAACCAUCAGAAAAAAGUUAAAUAACUCUCAUGUGAUAUCUCCUAGUGUAUCAAAACAUACCUCAAAACUUGAACCAACCGCAGCUGCACAACCACUGGUUGAAUCGGUGCAAGCCGAACCAGCUCACCCCAAACCUGACGCAGGAGCAGACUCGCAUGAGCCUUCAGUGUCAUUUGCCAGGGUGGAAAAGUUUGCAUCAAAUGAAAAGCUGCAAGAAAAUACAAACUCUGAACGUUCCCAAGCCACCGGCAAGUCAAGAACAGUGAGGUCGGGAUGCUUUUCAAGUACAGGUGAGUCAGUGCUAACAUAACAUUGUUUAUUGUCAGUUUUUAUUAUGUGUAUGUUGAAGUAGAGUUGAUAAGAUUAUUGAGAGUGUAAGGUAAAGUUUUGUGAAAGAGGGAAAGUGUUGAAUUUCUUUAAUAUCUUCAAAAGUUAUUUUUAAAAAACACAUAUUCAAUUUGAGGGAGGGGGGGGGGUACUAAUAAACUCCCCUGUAAUAUUACAUUUGGUUGGCAGCCUUGUUGAAAAGAUAACAAAAAUGUAUAAUUUGUUGCUCAUUGUUUCAAAUGGAUCCAUUAAGAGGUUUAAAGGGACUUUCUUUUUUAAAUAUGAUAAAUCCUAAUCACCACACUCGAUUAAAGAACAUGAUUUAUAUACGUCACCAAACAUACAAAAUAAAAUAAUUGAACAUUAUAGACUCUGUACACAAUGAAAAGGGCACCAGUAUGAUACACCUUAUCUAACCAUCCAUAUCAUCACUGGAACUCUCCAAACACAUAACUAACCAUCCUAAUCAUCACCGGAACCCUCUAAACACUAAACUAACCAUCCAUAUCAUCACUGGAGCUCUCUAAACACUUAAUUCAGGUUUUCUAAAUUUUAGAGGACACACUAAAAUCCUAAUAACUUCAAACCAAAUUUUUUAAACAUUUUGUUUGGAAAUGGGACAGAAAAUGUCUUUACUACUAAUGCAAUUAUUAACUAUUUUUACAGGACGUUGGGAUGCCCUGUAUCUUAAUAAAAUUGUAAAGUGCACUUCCGAAAGCCCAUUUAGAGUUACAGAUGCAAUAUAUAAUUUGGAGUGAUGGUCACCUAAAUGAAAUAUUUUAUCCAAUAUUUACAAAUAUUUUCUUCUUCUUAGUCAUUCUCACUCCCAAUGGAGCAUAGGCCAUCCACAAUAGUUUUCAUCUGUCCCUGUCCUGGGCUAUCUUUGCUAGUUCAUCCCAGCUUUUCUUCAUUCUCUUCACCUCUGUCUCUACUCCCCUCUUCCAUGUGGCUCUUGGUCUUCCUCUUUUCCUGGCACUGGUACCUUGAGGAUUCCAGUGCAGGGCCUGUUUUGUCAGUAUUUUGUUUUGUUCCAGAUGUUCCGCAGGGCAUUGAAUGCUUCUCUGGCCUUUCAGACCCUAGACUUUAUGUCCUCAUCUGUGCCACCAUUUUAAUUUAUGAUGCUUCCCAGGUAUGUAAAAAGUCUCAACCUCUUCAAGAGACGCUCCUCUCAGGUUAAUCCCAAUGACUCCAUCAGAACUGUUUACUCUUACGAUUUUGGCGUACAAUGUACGAUUUUGAGAUGUAUACAUUAUAUUUACUGUAUUUUUAUUUUUUACUAUUAAGAUAAUGUAUUGAACGAUUUUGUGAUGAUAUUGUACGAUUUUAAGAGUUUGAGGGUAAACAGGUCUGCUCCAUCAUCCACUGCAUUUAUUCUUAAGCUCUUGGUUUGCCCUUUAUUUUUGCUAAGUCCAACUUGCUGCGAUACAUAGUCAAGUUUUGUUUUCUCCUGCAUUUGUUUAUGGCUAUGUGAUAAAAGUGCAAUGUCAUCUGCAAAAUCCAAAUCCUCCACCUGUCUGAAAGGUGUCCACUGGAUUCCAUUUUUCCCAUCCUGUGUUGUUUCUCUUAUGAUCCAGUCAAUGGAUAACAGAAAGAGGAGUGAUGUGAGCAGGCAUUUACACACAGGAAUAGCAACUAUAUGAUACAGGCCGGUGGUAAAAUAUAAACAUGUUUGUGUCAAAGCUUUUUUCCGGCAUUUUAUAAACUGGACUGUGUGAAAUGUAAGAGCUGAUUGUUUAUAUAGGUUUGAAAGAAACAGAAACUGCUGCAUAGUUGGUUGUUUCACGAUAAUUUUGUUUUUUUUAUUUUCAGAGGAGAAAGAGAAUGAUCCUGCAGACUUGGCCAGGAAUAAACGAUUGGAGAACAUAGAGGUAUGAGUUUUAUAGGGUAAUAAGUUGGCUGUUUGUUGAGAUUUAGUUCAACAGCAUUAAAAAUUGUAUUUUAUUUAGGUACAAGUUAAACAAGAUAACAUAUGCCACACUGGCAUUGAAAAUAUUUUAAUGACUUUAUAUUGUAUUGCUGGCAUUUUAAAUUUCUGGAAUGAAAAUUUCAAUAUAUAUAUAAAAAUAUAUAUGAACAUUGUUUCAAUCAAAUGUCAUUUUUAGGCAAAAGAGAAGUCAAUUCAAUUUUCAAGUUCAUUGGUUGUUUAAUUAACAUGCAUUUCUGGGGGUUAAAUCUACAUGCUAUGUAUACUGUCACGGGAAUGUGAUGAAACUCAUUCUGCAACUGUUUUUAUUACAGCUGAGUAUCAGUUGGGAAUAGAUAGUUUCUGUUAAACACACUGAGCUGUGCAUAGUGCUGUGUAAGGCAGCAUCUGAAUAAAAUGAUUUUGCACAGAAAGUAGAAUGAGAGCAGCAGUUACAAAAAACGUUUGAUUUACUGCUCGGUUCAAGACUAAAUUUUGGUCUAAGGGCAAUGAUAGAAAUGAUACAUUUAUUUAGUUCACUGAUAAGAGCUGGUCAGAUAAAUAUUGUUCUCGUAUUUAACUUGGGAUAUUGUAAAUUUAUUUGUAAAUUUGUGACUUGUAAAUCAAAAUUGUAAAUUUAAGAGUGCACUGUGGAAUGCUCUAUUAAUGUAAACUUCUGUAAAGGAAGUCCCUCUUGAUAAGUCUUUGAUAAGUGACAUCUUAAACAGCUUAAUUUUUUUUUAACCAGAUUUUUCGAUGAUAAAGAAAAUUACUGGUGAAAAAAAACAAUGAAGUUCAUUAAGGAGAGGACUUUUAACUUAUUAUAUUAAUUUAAUUAAAUGAAGGUCUUUUAAGAUAUAGAUACUAACACCUGUCUCCUCCUCAAACCCACAGUUGGGAAAAGCCGAUUUCUCUUACCGUCUUGUAGGAAUAGUGAACCAUCAUGGAGAGUCUUUGUAUGCAGGUAAGCUAGUGGCGGACUUAAUGUGGAUUUUACCUUUGCAGACCAAGUUAUAAUAGUUUCUUAGGACAGGGGAAAAAAAAAAAAAAAAAUUUAUAGUACCGGCAUAUAAUAUAUUACUCUUGAAAGUACUGCUUUAGCUAAUGUAGUUAUAGGCUUAAACAAUUAAAGUUAUGCCUCAAGGGUUUUAUUUAAGCUUCCGAAAUUGCCAUCUCAUUUUUAUGAGAACUUUUGAACGUGGAAUAGCAAAGAGAUGUAUGCUAGUUAAUGUUAACUUUUGCUCAACUGAUGGCGGUAGUGGAAAAUAUUUUCUUAUUAAAAUGUUCUUCUUAGGUCACUACACUGCUUUUGCUUACAAUCUGAGUAAACAGAAAUGGUUUUACAUGGACGACAGGCACACCAAGGAAACCACUGAGAUGACUGCCAGGAGGGACAGCCUCAAUUCUGGUUACGUCUUUUUCUAUAUGGACAAGUGAGUUGGGAAUUGAGUCAAUCAAGUAUUUUUAUAGCAAUUUAAGAAACAAAAAUUUUGUUAAUUCUUUGUGGCUUUUUUUUUUUUGGAUUGACAGUACAAAUAUUAAAAAACGAAUACACAAUUCUAAUACAGAAACUGUCCUGAUGUUUCAUUGACCCAAAAAGUUAUGAGCAAUUUUUGGGGGGGGGGGGGGGGGGUGAUUUAUGGAAUUUAUAGUUCAUAAAGAAAAAUGUCCAACUGUAGAUAAGGUGUAUUAACAAAAUAUAAGGUUAAACUAUCUUAAAAAUAGCCAAGCCAUUUUAACAAUUUAUUUAGAGAUUCCAAUAUUAUUCCAACAUGGUUUUCUUGAUGACAUUCCAGAGACCUGUUCCACGAAUAUGCUGAGAAAGUGGGAGAGACAUCUGCUGCUAAAUUUCAAUCAUGAGGACACCAACAAUCUACCAAGGUCUCCUGAUCUCAGUGCAAUCUUUUCCCUGGAGUAAAUGGGGCAUAACUCUUUUAACAACUAUUGGAGUACCUUGGUGUCAUUGGAAUUGUCUCCCCUUAACACCACCUGUAUAGUAUGUGUACCGCUUCAUUUCAGAAUUUUUAAAACUGUUGACAUCAAAAGUUUUUGUUUGAUUCAUUUCAAACUGCUGCCUGCUGUACACUUCAGGGCAUUUGUGCACACUGAAUUGAUUUGUCUAGCCCACAUUUUGACAUUGGAUGACUUCAGUGUUCAACUUACCUUCCGCAAGUCAACCUGAUAGGACUGUAUUUAUAUUUCAGGUGAAUUUAACUGCCAUUUCAAAAUGUAACUUUGAUGUCAAUUUUAAUUUUUUUAUCUCAUCCGUUACCUUGCAAAUUUUUUAAACUUUCAAAACUGUGUGUGUAAAUUGUAGGACUUUACAAAAAUCAUUAAUGUAAGACGCUUGCUGAUUGAGGACAUUGUCCCAGCUCUAUAUUUUCCUUUCAAAUGGCAUAAUAAUGGCAGUCUAUUAACUGGUCCCUGUGUAUUUAGGGCACCUGUGGAGAUGUAUAUUUAGCUUGACUUAUCUGGGACUGUUGUGGAGCUGGGGCCAAAAUUUUUUUACUCAGUGACCCUGUACAAUUCCUGAUUUGUUUCUCUGUAUUAAGUCAUGUGCUUGAGUUUAUUCUGGUAUUUACUGUGUCUGGGGACUUGAAUGUGUACUCACGUAAUAAAACAAUAAAUAUUACUUUUC